GCAGCAGGAGAAACAAAGUAGGCUGAGGUUUAAUUACCAUGGCUCGGUCUGCAGAAAGGUGGCCGCCGCAGAGUAGCAUUCUUCUCAUUCCACUCGCCAACGCAGGCAGUCCGUAACCUCGUCCAACUUUCGCCCAGCCCCCCAGCCCCCAAUACAUUAUCACCACCCCUGGCUUGAGUAGUCGUCGGGAGGGACGGAUAGACUGGGGAGGGGCGAUGCUUUUCUCGGUCAACGUAGAGAUCGGCUCACCUUUUUCCCAACGACCCCGCGCCGCCUGUCUGUCGCGGCCUUUUGGUGACGGCGGACGGACAAGCGGGCGGGGGAAUGGAGAAUGGGACGGGAUGUCGUGCGUUGAGUGGGAUGUGUUUCCCGCCCAUCGUGCCAUGUGCCCAUGCCCGUCUCAGUCUCACAAUGGGCGGGGGAGGUUAAAGAACGGGGGGUUCAUAGUAAGAUCCUCUGUUUCUGCCAUGGUUUGCGCGGCGGUAGCGAGCUCAGGAAGUAGCUGCGCGGUUAAAGCGUGGUUCACCGAGGUAAGGCGGCCUCGAGAUUCUGGACCUUGGUCACGAUGCGAAACUCGAAUCACGUUUAUGCAGCGAACUGAGGAUCAAGUACGUUUUGAUGAAUUAUGUGUGUAUUAUAACUCUCAUCUAGAAUUGGGUGGUCCAAUGCUGAGAUUGACCCCUCUUGCUCCAGUGCGAAUGAAAAAUAAAACGCUCGUACUUGACGUCGAAUCCAUCCAUCUCUCUGAGAAAGGGAAGGGGGGUAUCGGCGACGACAAAGUGGGAAAGAAAACAACAAAAAGAGUAGACUUGUAUGUGUCUCCCUGACAAAUGCUCCUUUCUAAUGAUACAUGUUUGUGUUGAUGAGGUUGGUGGAAAAUGCGUGAUUG